UAUGUGAUAUUUUUUUCUUUGUCUUUUUUUCUUUCCCUUUGGUGUUUUCUCCUUUAUUUUUGAUACAAAUUCUUCCUUCUUUGGAAAAAAAAUAAUAUUAAUUUAUAAGGAAUAAUCUGUGUUCUCUUACAACAUUUCUACAUUUUCUCUUUUUCUUCUAUCUCUAUCUCUCUUUCUCUUUCUUUAUUUUAGCUUCUCUUUCUACACCACCUUCCUGUUUUUGUCUUAUUACUUUGAUACUCAAUCAUCUCUUCAUUUUAAGAAAUAAGAGAGAGAUAGUAAGAGAAGAAGAAAAAAAAAGAGAGAGAAAGAAACAAAUAUUUAAUCCACUCUCUCUCUCUCUCUCCUCUCCUCUAUCUCUCUCCCUCUCUGUGUUUAUUAGUUGGUUUGGCUUGGCCAAAUCAUUUUCUCUCUCUUGCUAAUUAAGCUUCUUUGUUGUGUAUGUGUGUUCACUUUUGAGACAAAAAGGAAAAGAUCAAACCAAAUCUAAUUUUGUGUGUGUCACCUCACACUUAUCUCAAUCCUCUAUUAAUAUUUUAUUACAGUUGAAGAGGAGAGAAAAAAAUAUUGCGAAUCAAACUGGAAGAUUCAGCCAUGUCUACGUCAAUGCACUUUGUAUUAUACCCUUUGCCUGCUAAUGAUGAUCAAAUCAAUGAAAGGCUUAAGGAAAUGGCUGAUAAAUAUAAUCGAGGUAUAACCUCAUCAACCUGUUGUCCAACAGUAUUUAAUCAAAUUAAAACAGUUCCUGUGGUUGAAUGUGUUGUCUCACAAUCACACAUUGCACUCUUAUUAGAGGAUGGUCGUAUUUGCAGAGUGAGCUAUUCCCUCAUGUCAGAUAGACUAGAUCUUUCCACAUCAGAACCAUCAAAAACUAGCUCAAACAUCAAAGGAAAUAACAGUUCAAAUGUUAACUCAUUAUCUUCAAAUCGUUUAAAUGCACGUCGAGGUAGACUUCUCAGGGCAUCGAAUACAGCUCGUGGACGUGGUUCAUCUAGUGUCAUUAUGGGUAGUCGACCAGUGGUUGCAGCACAAUUUGUCCCAGAGGAGCUGAUUUCUCAAGCUCAGGUUGUUCUUCAAGGGAAAUCUCGCAAUUUAAUAAUCAGAGAGCUUCAAAGGACAAAUUUAGAUGUUAAUCUUGCUGUGAACAAUUUAUUAAGUCGUGACGAUGAAGAUGCUGAAGAUAUGGAUGAUAGUCAAGACUCUUACUUACCAAAUGACGAUCUCAUGUCACUACUCGAUGCUGGUAUUCACAAUGACCAUCCUGGUGUAAUCAUAGAUUCUGAUGCAGUAUUUCCAGAAGAUAUGUUCUCCUACUCAUCUGUUAGAGUUCGUCCCAGUGGAAAUAGACUGGGUCGUGCCUCAUCGGGUGGGGACAGGGAACGUGAAUCAUCUGCCCCUGAAAGAGAACAUUUGAUUCGUUAUGGAUCAGAUAGACAAUUUGUCACUGCAGGAAGUAGCUCAAGUGGUCCACCUUCAUCUCGACGAUGGUUAGAGUAUGCACUCAGAGAUUCUGCUUCUGCGUCUGAGUCCAACAAAAAUUCAUCAAACAAUGUGAUCAAUGAAAGUGGGAACAAUCCAUCCAGAAAACGCAAUGACAAUAGUCCGCAGUUAAACCCUUUUUUCAUCUCUGAUACUCUUGAAUAUUGGCCCGCUCCAGAGAAUCGUAAAUUUAUUCAAAUCAUUGGCCUCUAUUCAGAGUUAGCUGCAAUAAGCAACACUGGUCAACUAUUCCAAUGGAAGUGGAGUGAACCCGAACCAUUCCGUGGACAAACGAGUGAUAAUAUGACUGUUUAUCAUCCCAAAACAGUGAGUUUGGGAUUAUUGAAUGAGAAGAUCAACCAAAUUUCUGGUGCCUGUAUAAGAGCCUCAGUUCUGACUGAAUCGAUGAAAAUUGCUACUUGGAUUGAUGAAAGCAUUGUUCCUGUUGCCUCUAAAUUAGAACAUCCUGCAAAUAAUUUUUUCUCUGACUUCCAAAUGAGUGAGAAAAUUUUAUCAUUACAUGUUUGUUCAUUGUACUCCUGCGUUCGCCUUGACAAUGGAUCACUCUUUUGGUGGGGCAUUGCACCAUUUUCUCAUCGUAAAAAGAUGUGGGAAAAGACAAAGACCAAAGCAAAGAAACAACGUUCACCUUCAUCCAUUAGCUCGGACAUUACAACUGGUGCACUUGUUUGCAUGCGUAAUAGUCCAUCUUAUCAUGCAGGAGCCCUUGGCUUUACAACUGCCGGAGGCAUACCCAAAGUUGGACAACUUCUUACAUCAGCUUGGAGCAUCACAGAUACUUGUACUUUCAAGGUUCUUGGCCCUUCAGAGGUGAAAAAGUUGUGCCUCUCAACACAAAGUUUACCUUCUACUCCUGCCAGUAGUUGUAGCAGAAUGGAUCUUGGUCAACCUCCAAGUCCAAGCUUCUCGAAAUCCUCAUCACAAGAGAGAUUAGAAAUGCCACCACCUCCAUCACCAGCUUCUUCGACCUGUUCUGAACCAGGCGCUAGUCCAUUACCUAAACGAAGUAAAAGAAUCGCCAAUACAUCAUCCUCUUUCAAGGAUGAAGACCGUAAAGAUGAAGAAAUAUGGAAAAUCAAAGAUGUUGUGUUUAUUGAAGAUUUCAAGAAUGUUCCCAUCGGUCGUGUCAUCAAAAUCGAUGGAUCUUAUGCCUGUGUUAGAUUCAAUUGUAAAGAUCUUGGUUCUAAUUUACAAGACAAUGCUGAUUUAAAUUCACUUCUUCAAGAGUGUCGAUUACUCCGAAAAGAUGAACUACAAGUUGUUAAGGGUAGUAACUCACCUCGAAUCACCGAGUGUUUCCAAAAGUCACCCAAAAGAGUUAAUAUUCCUGAAGGUAUUCAACUCAUAAAAAUGACCGUCUCUAAUCAAGGAGUUCACGCUAUCGUCCGAGCUGGUACCAAGUUGAGCUAUGUAGUUUAUGGAGUAGCUUCCGGUAAAAUUGAACAAGAUUGUGUGUUUCCUACGGACCCAAGCUCGUUUUUUGGACAAAAUCAAUCUUUGAUCUCUUUAUAUUGUUAUGGUGAAAACGAGACGAUAACAAUCCUUCGUGACGGGAAUGGUGCUUUAUAUCCUCUUGCCAAAGAUUGUACUGAAUCUAUCCGAGAGCCAAUCACUCUGGACAUGGCUCCUGCUCAAGCUAUUGGAAUUGGCAUCAGUCCAAUCAAAGAUACUGUACCUAAUCAAAAGAACCAGAUCGCAGUUAUUGCUCUGGCCUUGGAAAAUCAAAUAUUAACUCCUGCUAUAUUAAGAAGUGAUCCUGACUUUGUCAGAUUAACAUUAGCCUCAUUGGAAAAAGAAUCUGUUUCGCAACAAAUUAUCGUCAGUGAAAGAGUUGAUGGUAAUCGUAACAUCCUUCACACCGCAGUUUCUGCAUGUUUCCCGACUUCAAACAAACCACAACAAGAAUCAACUAUCGAAGAAAACAACAGUGAAGCAUUGGAUCUGCUUAAUGUUUCAAGUAACCGAACAUUAAAUGAAAUGAUUAAAAGAAAUCGAGGAAGCAAUAGACCUUCACCUUUAUCGAAUCAAGACCGUGAUUCCAAUGAGCGUGCUCUCAAUGCUGAAGGAAGUGACUCAGAAAUGGAGGCUUCGCCUGCUUCGUCUAUGCCCAACCUGACCAGUGAUUCUUCAACAACCAACGAAUUCCCUUUCUAUGAUGCCAAUGAACAAAAAUCCGCUGCCCUUUCGGUGCUUUGGGCUCUCACCGAAUCUCAGGUUCUCAAGCCUUUCCUCAAAGAGCUUAUGUGUGCAAAAGAUUCUCAAGGUUAUACACCCUUUAUGCUUGCGGUCACUGGCCGUGCUUAUACCGCUGCUAUUCAUCUGUUUAAUGUUGCCCAAAGGAUUGCCAAGGAAUUAAGUAGUGAUUUAGAAAACCAGAAAAAAAUUGUCAUGUCAAUGUUAUAUCCAAGAGGAUCUAAUCCAGAUGAUUCACCUCUUCAUGUUCUCUGUUGCAAUGAUACUUGCAGUUUUACCUGGACUGGCCAAGAACAUAUAAACCAAGAUAUUUUUGAAUGUAAAACUUGUGGACUUAUUGAUUCUCUUUGUUGUUGUACUGAAUGUGCUCGUGUCUGCCACAAGGGUCACGACUGUAAACUUAAGAAAACCUCACCCACUGCCUACUGUGAUUGUUGGGAGAAAUGUAAAUGUAAAGCAUUAAUUGCAAGCUCUCAACCUGCUCGCCACCAAUUGUUGAAGAAACUUCUCUCUGACACUGAUCUGGUUACGUUACCCAACGGCCGAGGAGAAAAUAUUUUACUUUUCUUGGUUCAAACAGUAGGUCGUCAAAUGGUUGAACAAAGGCAACACCGUCCAGCUCGAUCUCGUUCUUCCAUUACCCGUAAAGCCUCUGAACUCAGUGGAAAUGUUGAAGCUGAAAUACCCGAUCAUGACUUGGAACCGCCUCGAUUUGCUCGUCGAGCAUUGGAUCGAAUUCUUCAAGAUUGGAAUGCUGUUAAAUCGAUGAUUCUAACCGGAUACCGUGGUGAUAAUAAUAUAGCUUCAUUGGUGCAAAAUCAUUGUAGAUCAAAUUUAACCUACACCGCAGCCGAGGAACAAGCUUUUCUUCAAAGUCAAAAUGGAACUGCUUUAUUGGAUAAAUUUACCCAUUGCCUGUUGGUUAAGGUUUCAUUUGAAAUGCUUGAACCUUUAUUGGUGACCAUUAUACGCGAAUGCCAUAAUGCUAAUCCCAACAUUGCCAAAGAGGCUCGACUUGUUGCUCGUCGAUUUGUAAGAUCUGUUGCUCGAGUCGGUGUUAUUCUCUGUGUCGAGUUAACUCCAGCCUCUUAUCAGAAUUUAAACGCCAGUGCAAGUAGCAAUCUUAAGAAAAAUUCGCCCUCCUCUCAACUUGCAAAAUGUCAAAAAGUUUUCCAGGCUCUAUUACCAAUAGCUGUUGAAGAAUUAUGUGAACUUGCUGAUGCAUUAAUCUCUCCUGUUCGAUUGGGUGUAGCCCGUCCAACUGCACCUUUCUCUUUGGUCUCUUCACUUCUUGAUGCCAUUCUAGUUAGUGAACAAUUAUUCUCAGUUGAACCUAUUGUAACUCGCAAUGGAUCUUCCUCUUCUGGUUUAAUGUAUGCUGAUGAAGAAUCUGAUGUACUGAUGGCUGAUAAUUCUGACGACAUUCGUGCUGAUAAUCAGAAUAAUUCUGGUCUAGUUGAAGCAUCUGUUGGUGCUGAUGUUGUGGUUGGAAGUGUCGACGAAGACCAUGAAGUUGAUGUUAUUGAAAGUUUAGAAGAUGGUGAACAUGAUGGAAGUGAACACGAUGACAUUGCAGAGGCACCGGAAGGUCAACAUGAUGAAAGUGAAUCAGAUUCUGACUCAAACCCCGAUGAUUCACCUGCUUCAUAUCAAAGUAAUGCUGAAGCUAAUGUCAAUCAACGAUCAUCCAACACGGGUAAUGUCGUAGGCUCUGAAACAGGAGCUGCUUAUUUCUCAGAAGAUGAUUCUGGUGAUUCAUCGAAUGCCGAAGAUGAAGAAGAUAGUGAUGCUGCUGAGACCGAACCAGAUAAUGAAGAUUUACCAUACAUCGAGGAAUCUCUUGAAAGGCGUGCUAACCCUGUGAAUAGUACUUCAAAUAUCAGUGGAGUUUCAACCAACACCACUAAUCCAUCUCAAGUUAGAAGUAAUCUUGCUCAACAUCUUCAAUGGGCAUUGAGACAUCGAGAAAUGUCAUCAGGAGCCACAAAUUCAACAGCUAACCCUGGUGGUCGAAUAUCUGUAAAUGCCAUCACAGGAUCAACUGGACUUGUUCACAUUGAUCCAACUACCAUUCAAAGACGAUCAGCAUCAUCGGUUGCCCCUGUUCCCACCACUUCGACCGCUGGUGAAGGUGUUUCUAUGGCCACUACAGCCAUUUCUCUUGCACGAGCAUUUUCUAUCGUUAUCCGUCAACUUGCUGCCCUAGUCCCAUCUCUUCACAACAUGGGUGAUAGACCAGGAGUAUCUCCUGGAAUAAAUGCCAUCGGUAUGAGUUAUAGUGAGUCAAUUAGUUUACUCAAUUUCUUGGAGAACAAACUUAAACCAACUUGGGACUGGUUAAUUAAUGUAAUGGAUGCAACAGAAGGACAAUUAAGAUUUGGAUGUGCUCUAUCAAACAAUUCAGGUGUCACCCUGACUGGAGUGCAACCUCUUAAUGUGACUACAACUCAAUCAACCCAAGCCACAACUCGGGCAAGUUCAACGCGCCGAGAGGAUAGUAGAAGUUUAAUGAGUGAUGCAAGAUCAGCAACCGCUAAUCGUAGAAAUGCUGUCACCUCUAACAGUGCUCGAAUACCGAAUUCUACAACCCUGGAAAGUGGUCCAGCUCGAAAAGAUUUUCUUUCUUACGCUAUGUCACUAAUGCGAGCUCAUAACAACGAACACUUUGACUCAAUGCCUGUUCUCGAUGUUUCUUCACUUAAACACGUUGCUUAUGUUUUUGAUGCUCUCAUUUACUUUAUGAGAGCUGGAAAUGAUGGUUUAGCAGCAAGCAAAGCAUCAGAUUCAUUGAAAGACGACAUUGCAGAACCGGAAAAUGACAUCGAAGAUCAAGAUGAUGACUCAUGUUAUCAAAAUGAUCCAAACAACAUCGAUGAUGAUUCCAAUCUUAAUUCAGGAGUUGCAAGUUCAUUGAACAAAGGAAGAAAACAUCGAUUCUUCCAAAGAUCCAAUUCAACUCUUUUCUUGGGAUGUCCACCACCAGAUCCAUUUUCUACUCCUUUGGCUGAGGCUCUUCCUCUUGCUGAUCAACCUCAACUCUUGCAACCCCAAGCUCGUAAAGAAGAUUUGUUUGGUGUACCAAGACCAUCAGUUAAUUGUUCUUCUGAUAGUGAUCAGAUAUUACUUGACUCUCUCCCUGCUCGAAUAAGCUUUAGUGAUCGAUCCAACAACGAAUCCUUUGGAACAAGAAGGAAUAUUGACCAAAGUGCUUCAUCAUUUACUUCUAAUAUCGGUACACCAGAUAACAAUCAAGUCGAUAUGACAUUUUUAUCAACCUGUAGUGGCCCAUCUAGUUCAAGAUCUCUUUCUGUCAUUACCGAUCCAAGUCAUAGUCGUUCGCCGAUUAUUGUAUCACCCAUACAAACCAGUAAUAAAUCAAGUGUUAUUGUUCAUGCAGCUUCUAUCAAAUCAACUAAUCCUGUUUACGAUAGCAACAGAAGCUCUGGUCAUUCAUCCAAUAUGAAAUCACCUUAUGAUUGUGAUGAAAAAGCGACUACUGGUAAAUCAAAUGAACAUGGAAGCAGUUUGAGUAAAAGACCGAUCUCACUUAUAGGAAAUAUUAUUCAAUAUGAUAUACUUCUUGGCCGAUGGCGAUUGACUCUUGAACUGUUCGGUCGUAUAUUCGUUGAUGAUGUAGGAACUGAACCUGGUUCAAUUAUCCGUGAACUUGGUGGAUUUCCAGUGAAAGAAGCAAAGUUUCGUAAAGAAAUGGAAAAACUAAGAACAUCACAACAAAGAGAUUUAAAUUUUUCUAAAGUUGAUCGUGAACGAAAUGCUCUGAUUCAGCAAACUUUUAAGGAACUCAAUUCAAUGUACAAUAAUUUUAGUCGCCGUCUUUCUGCUGGUUCUCCAUUACUGGCGAUUUCUCGAGUUAAAGUUACUUUUAAAGAUGAACCCGGUGAAGGAAGUGGAGUCGCUCGAAGCUUUUAUACAGCUUUUGCUGAAGCAAUUCUUUCAAAUGAAAAAUUACCUCCUCUCGAUGGUUGUCAUGUAGGUAGUCGAAGUCUCCAUUAUAACCUUCUUCAAAGACUAAAAUCAAAAGAGAAAGAGAAAGAAUUGCAAAGAAGAGCCUAUGCAAGCCACCGUUCGUCAUCUUCAUCUCGUGAUUUAAUCUCAAACGCUCGUGAUAGAUCAGAUCGUGAUGGACCUAACCAAUUACGUUAUGAUGCACCACCAUUUACCAUGCCUGGCGAUGUCCAACAACAAUCAUCCUCAUCCUCAUCAGUCUCAAAUAACAAUGGACCAGUCAACUUGAAUGAACUACUAACACCCCAUCGUCAACAAUUGGGAGUCCGCCUGUACCCUAAAGUGGCCCAACUUAGACCCACCCUUGCAAGCAGGAUUACUGGCAUGCUACUUGAACUUUCACCUCCCCACCUACUAACUCUGUUUGCCUCAGAAGAGUCACUUCGCAAUAAAGUCGAUGAGGCGGUAGACAUAAUACUGACCCAUGGAAGAGAUCAAAAUUCCAAUUCCAAUUCAUCUGACAGUCCCGGAGAUCUGGAUAUAUUUAAUUUAAGUCGAUCAUCAAAUACCAAUUCAUCAAAUUUGAAUAAAAGCAGUGGUGUAGGAAGCGGAUCUACUCCACCAACUAAUUUAAGACAAGGUACAAUGGAAGAUGAUGAUGAAGUGGAAGACAAUGCUCCACUCUUUUAUCAACCUGGUAAACGCGGGUUUGUUUCACCUCGUCAAGGCAAAUGUACACAAGAACGUAAAAAUGCUUUCCGUAAUGUUGGUCGUAUUAUCGGAUUGUGUUUAUUGCAAAAUGAUUUAUGUCCAAUCUUUUUCAAUCGACAUGUAAUCAAAUAUAUUCUUCGAAGACAAAUCUCAUGGCAUGAUUUAGCUUUCUUUGAUCCAAUUCUUUAUGAAUCAUUGCGACAACUUAUUAUGAGUGCUGAAUUGGACAAAGAUGCUGAGACUUUAUUUUCAUCAUUAGAUUUAAGAUUUUCCAUCGACCUUUGUCCAGAAGAACUGGGCGGACACGUCGAUUUAAUUCCAAAUGGACGAAACAUCGAAGUUACUCCAAGCAAUGUUUAUGAUUAUGUUAGGAAAUAUGCUCUUUAUAGAAUGUACCAUUGUCAGAAAGUAGCUUUACAGUGUUUAAGGGCAGGGAUAUUUGAUGUUUUGCCUGCAAAUUCAUUCGAUAAUUUAACUGCUGAAGAUUUUAGAUUGUUAUUAAAUGGUGUUGGUCAAAUUAAUGUCCAGCAAUUGAUAAGUUAUACAAUAUUCAAUUAUGAAAGUGGAGAUGGAUGUGAACAUUUAGCUUACUUUAAAAAAUGGUUCUGGUCAAUUGUGGAAAAAAUGACCACGCAAGAAAAACAAGAUCUAGUUGACUUCUGGACUGGAAGUCCGGCCUUACCUGCCAGUGAAGAAGGUUUUAAUCAAAUGCCUAGUGUAACAAUAAGGCCAGCCGAUGAUCAGCAUUUACCAACCGCAAAUACUUGUAUAUCGCGAUUAUAUCUUCCUUUAUACUCCUCCAAAGCUGUCUUACGCUCAAAGCUUUUGAUGGCAAUUAAGACCAAAAAUUUUGGUUUCGUUUGAUAUGGAUAGGCUAGCAAUUGCAAAAGUAAACAAAACAAUAUAAUUCAGUAAAAAAAAACUUAAAGACACUUCUUCAAUUCGUGUUAAUCAACAAUUAAUUUCCUUUUUUUCUAAUUUUCUUUUGUACGAAUUAAAGAAAGUGAACUGUAAGCGAA